AUGGCAUUGUCAGACACUAACAUCUCAGAACUUGAAGCCGUCGCUGCCGCGUGUCUGGUGAAGGCAGGCUUGUUCAACCGCAAUCUCGAAGCCUCCAAGCUUGCUAACGGACACUCGAAGUCUUUGUACCAGAAUGGAGCGGAAUUACGAGAUAUGCGGCUGUCGUUGUUUGAAUCAGUCCAAAAUCUUCUUCUGAUGGUCACUCCGCCCGAAUAUAUUCUGACCCAAGGACUCUCUGCAAGCAUCAUGGACCUUACCGCGCUGCGGUAUAUCAACCGCUUCUCUGUUGCCAAGGGGGUCCCGGCCGACGACAAGAUAUCUUACGAGGCGCUGGCUCAAAAGGUAGGCGUCGACGAGUCGCAAAUGAAACGAGUCCUGCGCUAUGCCAUGACGAAAGGUAUCUUUGUCGAGGUCGAUGGUGGAGUGGCGCAUACCGAGACAUCGCUGCUGCUCCUCCAGGAUGGCAUUGCCACUUUGAGCCGGUAUUCCAGCGACCGAGGAUGGCCGAUCGCAAGCCGUUUCAACGAUGCGAUCGACAAAUGGGGCCACGGCUCGCCAGAGCCAAACGAGACGGCGUUCAAUCUUUUCAAGAACACCGAUUUGCCCAUGUUCGAGUACCAUGAGCAGCAUCCUGAAUUUGGCGCCGAUUUCCACGCCGUCAUGAAUCAGUUCACAAAGUCGCCGCCACUGUCGCAUCAACACAUCAAGUCGGCCUAUGAAUGGAGCAGCCUAUCCCAUACAACAAUCGUCGAUGUGGGCGGUAGCCUUGGCCAUGCGAGCAUUGCCAUUCUCGAGACCAACCCGUCACUCACAUGCAUUGUCCAGGAUCUCCCCAAGACUGUCGCCCAGGCCACAAAUCCCUCGACCUCGAUCGUCCCUGCGCAUAUGAAGAGCCGGAUUAGCUUUCAAGAGCACAGUUUCUGGGAUCCUCAACCUGUAGUCGCCGACAUUUACUUCCUCCGCAUGAUCUUCCACGACUGGGCAGACAAGUAUGCCAAGAAGAUCCUGCAAGCUCUUCUCGUAGCCAUGAAACCUGGUUCGAAGCUACUGAUCAUGGACUAUGUCACCCUGCCGUACGGCACUCUCAAGAUCGGAGAUGAGCGAAGAAUGCGCAUUCGGGACAUGCAAAUGAUGGUGAUGCACAAUGCGCUGGAAAGGGACGAAGGCGAAUGGCGACGUUUAUUUGCUGAGACGGAUUCUCGACUGAAACUGAUCAAGAUACGCAAGCCCACCGGGAGCGCACUGUCGCUGCUCGAAGUGGUGUUGGAGGAGCGCAGGGAUUCUGUGCUUCAGUCUUGA